AUGAUUGUGACAGAUGACCGGAGGCUAGAAAUGGAAAAUCUAAAACGAAUAACCCUUUUCGGCACUACCAUAUCUACUUUCUCCUUACUAUCAGCUGUUACUGUCAUCCCAACGAUUUAUAAUUAUGUGCAGCACAUAGAAUCCAGUUUACAAUCUGAGAUCGACUUCUGCAGACAUCGAUCAAAUGGUCUUUGGGAACAAUAUUUUGCAAGUGAAGAAAUUAGUAACAUGAAAGGACGCAACAAACGCAGCAUUCACCAUCUACGUGUAAAUAAAUCCAACAACCGUCCAUUGUCCAUACAAAUUCGGACUGACGAACCUUACAGUGAAGAAUGGCAAAAUAAUUAUGGCAGUUAUGGCGCUGAUAAAUCCAGCACUCUGGCAGGAAGUAAUAGUGAACAGGACCCUAUCGGAAUGAGCCAUGAAAUCGCAGGAAUGUCCGAAUUAAGUCAGUCAGAAGAGAAUGAAAGUUCGGAUGAGGACAACGGAUAUAUUGGUGUUACUAGCGGUGUUGGGAGUUGCUGCAGCUGUAAAAUUGGUCCUCCUGGGUCCGCUGGGUCACAGGGAUUAAGAGGAAGGGACGGUAAGGAUGGUAGACCCGGUCUAGAUGGGCUGCCAGGAGUGGAUGCAAUACCUUCUUCACAAUCCAUGCAUAAUUAUUGCUUCCGAUGCCUACCAGGAUUGCCUGGACGUAUAGGACCACCAGGACCAAAAGGGCCAAAUGGUCCAGAUGGAGCACCAGGACUGACUGGAGGAACGUCGCUACCCGGACCAGCAGGAGCACAUGGGCCGCCUGGACCAGUUGGGAUGCAAGGACCUCCUGGGCGUUGUGGUCACCCUGGUUCACCAGGAGAAAUCAUUAAAAUACUUGGGCCUCUUGGACCACCGGGUUUACCAGGACCACAAGGUCCUUCUGGUUCAAUGGGAGAAAAAGGAAUAAAUGGCAAGAAGGGUCAACCUGGUCCUCAAGGAGGACCAGGAAAAAGGGUAAAGAUGGUUAUGCAGGCAAAGAAGGAGAAAGGGGAAAUCGAGGUGCAGCAGGAGAAACAGGUUUAA